AUGGCGACUCCGCCUCCCGAGGCUCCUCCUGUUCUCAAGGAGGAGAAGCCCCAGCUUCCUCCGUCUCCCAUCGGAGUUACUGCGCCUGAUGUUGCGCCUCCCAGUGCGACCGCAGAUGUCAAGAUGAGCGGUACGGACAGCCCGACCGCAAACAACACCCCUGUAGUCAAUGGUAAUGGCCAUGCGCUCGGUGAAGCUGCGACCAAUGGCACGGGCAGCGCCGCAUCUCCCCCCAAAUCCCCUGUGCCUGCUACCGACGCCUCAAUCUCAACUGCUCCGGCGCCAGCUCAAGAUACCCCUUCCGAGCCCACCGUGGACCAGAAACCAUCGGAGACCGUGAACUCGGUUCAAUCGCAGGCCCCAGAGUCGGUGCCUUCCGCUGUGAAUCCUGAGGAUAAGGCCACUCUUAAGGAAUCUGCCCAUGCUCCCGCUGCUACACUCGCUGGUUCAUUCGACGGAGCCAAUGAUAUCAAAAUGCAGAUUGACGGCCCAUCGGAUUCGCCUGUGCCACAGCCUCUAAAAACUGAGCUACCUCACCAUCCUACCACUGAGUCAACUCCAUCCCUGCAACCUAUCCAGAACGACUAUGAAAUGAAAGAUGUCCCCAGUGCACCACUUUCCCCGUCCAAGGCCUCCCGCGAACGCUCGGAAGAUCCUGAAGAGGAGCCUGCGGCCAAGCGUACCAAGGUGGCCAGUGAGAACGGAACACCCGCCAUUAAGCUUCCGGAAGUGCAUAAGGCCACCACUGAGACCGCCCGCCCCAACCAGUCUGGCAUGACCAAGUUGCAACACAAGUUCCUCAUGAAGACUGUCUCAAGCCUGAAGCGCAUGCAUGACUCGCGCUUCUACCGUGAACCUGUGGAUCCGAUCAAGCUGAACAUCCCUAAUUACCUGCACGUCAUCACCCGACCCAUGGAUCUGGGUACUAUUGAGCGGAAACUUAAGGCCAACGCUUACUCUUCCCCGAAGGAAUUCGAAGAUGACUUUGCUUUGAUGGUCAACAACUCUUUGGUUUUCAAUGGUGGGGACCAUCUCGUCACCCAGGAGGGCCAGAAGCUCAAAGCAACAUUGGAUAAGCAUCUGUUCAAUCUUCCCAAGCCUGAUGAAGUGGAAGAAAAGAAGCCAAAGAAGUCUUCUGAGAAGACUUCGGUCGCGCGACGGGAGCCUCGUACCUCCCUUGGUAGCCAACCCCCCAAGGCAACCUCCCCCCAGAGUACUGCCACCACGUUCGCGCUGGGACCCGAGGGAUUGCCCACCAUUCGUCGCGACUCUUUCAACCCGGAUGGUCGACCCAAGCGUUCCAUCCACCCUCCCAAGCGGGACCUGCCAUAUUCUACUAAGCCCAAGAAGAAGAAGUAUCAGUGGGAGUUGCGAUUCUGUCAGGAGGUCAUCGAUGAGCUUCACAAGCCAAAACAUCAACCCAUCGCGCUCGCUUUCUAUUAUCCCGUGGACCCAGUUGCUCUCAACAUUCCAACCUACCACAACGUGAUCAAAAAGCCAAUGGACUUGAUGACUGUCCAGUCAAAACUCAAGACUGGUCAAUAUGAGAACUCCAGGGAAUUUGAAGCUGACAUCCGCCUGAUCUUUAAGAACUGUUUCCGGUUCAAUCUCAAGGGGGAUCCGACCUACGUGGCUGGUGAGCAAUUGUUGGAUGUCUUUGAACGGAAGUGGAAAGAAUUACCGGCAUACGUUGAGAAGCACGAACCUCACCAUGAGCAGGAGGUCGAUUCCGAUGAAGAGGAAAGCGACGAGGAUGCAGAAGAAAGUGACGAGGAUAAUGAGCAACUCAGCAUGUUGCAGAAGCAGAUUGCAGAGAUGUCCCGUCAGGUGGAGAUGAUUACCCAGAAGAAGAAGAAGACUCCGCCCGCCAAGAAGUCCAGCAAGUCCAAGUCGGCCAAGAAGGAGCUGAAGAAGAGCAGCAGUUCUAGCGGCAAGAAGGACAAGAAGAGCAGCGGUAGCAAGGGUUUCAAGGAUAAGACGCGAUCCGUGUCCUACCACGAAAAGCAGAUCAUUUCCAACGGCAUCAGUAGCCUUCCGGACAAGAAGAUGCACGAGGCACUUGGAAUUAUUCAGAGCAAUGUUCCUGCUCUUAAGGGUACCCAAGAAGCUGAGAUUGAACUCGACAUCGAUGAGCUGCCAAACAAUGUCCUGUUGUUGCUACUUGAUUUCGUGAAGAAGAACGUGCCUCAUAUCAUGGAUGACGAGGAGUCUGCCCCUACUGCCGGUUACGCUGCUCCUAAGCCGAAGAAGAACAAGCCCAUGAGUAGCAACGAACAGGAGGCCCGCAUUAACACACUCCAGAGCAACCUCUCCCGUUUCGCCGACGGAGGUGCUCCUGUUCCCUCGGUUGAGAACAACGACUCCAGCGAGGAUGAGUCGGACGAGGAUUCAGAGGAGAGUGAGGAGGAGUAA